AUGAUAACGAAAGAUAACGUUAUUAAAUUACAAAAACCGAACAUCUCUGUUGAAGUAUUCGAUGUUAUUUUAAACAGUGAUAUUGAUUUUUCCAAAAAUGCAGUUAAAACAAAUGUUGCCAUUUUAAUUGCGGCUGAUGAACUGUGCCUAAACAUUCUGUGUGAUUCUAUUGAAAAUUAUCUUCUUGACAACAAAGAAUCAUUAAAAAAGAAUUUCGUUCUUAUUCAAAAUGUUGCAGCUCAAUUUACUCAAUUUAUCAAAUUAGAUCGAUUCUGUAAGAUUGCUAUUCGAAAUGAUCCCUUGUUAGUCUUCAAAGCCGAUGACUUCACAACAAUCAAACAAGAAAUGCUCCUUGAUAUUCUCAAGAAAAAUAACUAUUCUGUGAAGUCUAUUGUAAUUUGGGAUAAAUUAAUAGAAUGGAGUAUUGCACAACCUGAUGAGGGAUUACCAUCGGAUAUAUCAAAAUGGACUCACAAUGAUAUCUCAACAUUUAAAACAAUUAUUCAACCAUUUAUACCACAUAUAGAUUUUAAAACAAUUAGUCCCCUGGAUUUCUUUAAGAAAAUUAAACCAUUCAAGAAUGUUUUUGAUGAUGUAUUCUAUGUUCAAAUUCUUGAAUAUUAUUCUUUCAAUAAUUAUAUUCAUUCAACAUCUAAUUUUGAUUCUAAGAUCAUUAAUUCUGAACAAUCUUGCUUACUUGGCAAUUCAAUCAAAUUA